AUGAAUAUGAAUUUGUCAAUAUCACAACAAUUUUGGAAUAAAUUGUUCAUUCUGUUGAACAGUUGUUUCGUCAUAUUUGGCAUUGUUCUUCUUGUGUUAGGCAUCAAAGCACUUGAAACAGUGAACGAAUUCGCCAAAAUUUUGAGUGGGAUAACACCAGUUAUCAUUCCAACAGCAAUCUUCAUAGGAUGCCUCAUUCUAGUAGGUACAAUUAUUGGAUACAUUGGAUUUUGGAAACCGAAACAGUUCAUUAUCAUACUGCACAUUGCAUGUUUAUGUCUUGCAGUGAUAGUAGAGAUUUCCAUAGCCACAAUGACGGUUACAUCUGGAGAAAAAUUUCAAACAGCCGCUAAUCAUUCAGUGGUAAACGCUGUGAAACAAUUUUACACAAACCCUUAUCUUCAAAUGGAAAUGAAUAAACUGCAGAGAAAGUUCAAAUGUUGUGGUUCUACGUCAAAUCGGGAUUAUAUAAAAUCAAAUAUAACGAUACCAUUCUCCUGUUUUGUUGGUACUUUAGUUUAUGUACGAAGAUCAUCUUUGACGUUUUAUUAA